UCAUCCCAUGAUUUCAUGAUCCAGCAAAGAACGUCGUUCGUCCUCCCUUCCCCCCAACCUGUUCUUUUGCGGGAAGACAAAACCAAAAAAAAAAAAAAAAAGAUACCUUCUCUUUCUCUGAUUCUUCUUUAAUCCGAUUGACCGAAAAUCUCAGGAAAACAAAAUCGCCUGGAAAUAAGAAGCAAUAGAAGAUCCUCUCGGUGUCGUAUCUCGAUUGGAUAAAGUUUUCUUCUGUUUUUUUGCUUCUCUUUUGAAUUUAGAUGUUCGGGAAGAUGCUGCCAUUCAAGGAAAAGUUUAGGGCUUUCAUCAAUAACAGAUGGCUUGUGUUCGUUGCCGCAAUGUGGAUUCAAUCCUGCGCGGGGAUUGGCUAUCUGUUUGGGAGUAUUUCCCCCGUGAUAAAGAGCUCUCUCAACUACAAUCAGAGACAGAUAGCGAGAUUGGGUGUAGCCAAGGAUCUUGGGGAUAGUGUUGGCUUUCUGGCUGGGAGUUUGUGUGAGAGCCUGCCCAUUUGGGGAGCUCUUCUCGUCGGUGCAUUACAGAACUUUAUUGGGUAUGGGUGGGUUUGGCUGAUUGUAACGGGUAGAGUGCCGAUAUUGCCUUUGUGGGCGAUGUGCAUUCUUAUAUUUGUGGGAACAAAUGGUGAGACUUAUUUCAACACGGCAGCACUGGUUUCAUGUGUACAGAACUUCCCAAAAAGUCGUGGUCCUGUAGUGGGCAUACUAAAGGGAUUUGCUGGAUUGGGUGGUGCAAUCCUAACUCAGAUAUAUGCAAUGGUAAAUGCUCCUGAUCAAGCGACAAUCAUUUUUAUGGUUGCAGUUGGACCUUCCAUGGUAAUCAUAGCAUUGAUGUUUAUUGUUAGACCGGUUGGAGGCCACAGACAAGUUCGGUCAUCUGAUGGUUCAAGUUUCACAUUUAUCUACAGUGUGUGCAUCCUUUUGGCUGCUUAUUUGAUGGGGGUCAUGCUUGUUGAAGAUAUCGUUGAUCUGAACCACACUGUGGUCACACUAUUUACAGUUAUUUUAUUCAUUCUCUUAUUGCUUCCCAUUGUGAUUCCCAUACUACUGAGUUUUUCCUCAGGUGUGAGAGCACCUGCUGAAGAAAGCCUUCUACCUGAGUCUCAGAAAGAUGGACCUAGUAAAUCUGGACAGGAUGUGAAUGAGGUUAUUUUUAGUGAGGUGGAAGAUGAGAAGCCUAGGGAAGUUGAUUUGCUCCCGGCAUCAGAAAGGCAAAAACGUAUUGCUCAGUUGCAAGCAAAACUAUUCCAAGCAGCUGCAGAAGGAGCUGUUAGAGUGAAGAGACGGAAGGGCCCACGUAGAGGGGAAGAUUUCACCUUGAUGCAGGCACUGAUAAAGGCAGAUUUAUGGCUCAUCUUUUUCUCCCUCUUAUUGGGUUCAGGUUCUGGAUUGACAGUGAUUGAUAAUUUGGGCCAAAUGAGCCAGUCUUUGGGGUAUGACAAUACACAUAUAUUUGUGUCCAUGAUAAGCAUUUGGAACUUCCUUGGUCGUAUUGGUGGUGGUUACUUCUCUGAAGUUAUUGUAAGGGAUUAUGCAUAUCCAAGGCCAGCGGCCAUGGCUGUAGCUCAGGUUAUUAUGGCAAUUGGUCACUUCUUCUUUGCUAUGGGAUGGCCUGGGGCAAUGUACAUUGGUACUUUGUUGACUGGACUUGGUUAUGGGGCCCAUUGGGCAAUUGUUCCUGCUGCAGCGUCUGAAUUGUUUGGCUUGAAAAACUUUGGAGCUUUAUAUAAUUUCCUCACACUAGCAAAUCCUGCAGGAUCUCUAAUCUUUUCUGGUCUCAUUGCUAGCAGUAUUUAUGAUCAUGAAGCAGAGAAACAAGCUCAUAGAAACUUAGGAAAUCUGCCAGGGAAGAUGCCUGAUGUGUUACUUGGUAUGGACGAGUCACUUAAGUGUGAGGGUGCUAUAUGCUUUUUUCUUACUUCCAUGAUAAUGUCUGGACUCUGCAUCGUUGCAGUCUUGUUGAGCUUGAUUGUUGUUUACCGGACCAAGAUUGUCUACAAAAAUCUCUAUGGAAAAUCACGUACUUGAGUUUGGAGCAAGAGACUAGUCCCAGAAGAUAACUUUUACGAAAAGAGUAGAACCUAAUCUGUUUCUUCUGGUGGUAUAUUGUCCUACUUAUAUAAGGUCAUGGGUCUCCCUUAUUUCUUAACUAGAUUGUCUGGAAAGAAGUGGCUGUUGAGGGAGGCAGGUGAUAUGGGCGUCUUCUCUGGAGAGAAGAAAAGCAGAAUUUGGUGUUUCUAUAUGCUUGUGCUAGCUACAGGGUUUUGUCAUAAAGCAGAUUCAUUUCUCUGCUCGAAUGUUGCUUCUUGUGUCUCCUCUCUAUCUUCUGAAGACAUUUAUUUGGUCUGAGGUUCUUCACCUGUGAUAUUUUUUACAUCUACGGGGGUGCAUUGUGGUUGUUAGUUGUAACUAUAACCUUUCAAAUUUAUGUAUUUUAUUUGACUGAGUAAUAUGUAUCCUUUUCUCGGGAGAGAUGAUUUGCCAAAAUAAUCGAUGUCGCUGCUUGAAGCAAAAGAUUAUACAUUAAGCACAUAUUUGGAUUAGGUGCUGGUUUUUGGUUCCUAAUGACGUUGAUAUUCUGUUAUUUUACUGGAGGGGGAAAGCUGUACACAGGCUACAAAUUAAUGCACCGUUUCCCGUUUCC